AUGGAAGCUCCUUUCUCAGGCCAAGAGGCAAUAAGCAAAUCUGUACAAUAUCCUUCUGUCUCAGGCACCACUGCAACAACAGACGUCUCACAACCUCAACUUUCCUCCACCAGUCUACAUUCAAUUAGUGAAUCAAUGGAAGCUCCUUUCCUACGUUCAGUUAGUGAAUCAAUGGAAGCUCCUCUGUCAGACCAAGGGCCAACAAGCAAAUCUGUACAAUAUCCUUCUGUCUCAGGCACUACUGCAACAACAGAAGUCUCACAACCUCAGCCUUCCUCCACCAGCCUACAUUCAGAAAAAUUUGCAGAGAAGGAAAGCAUCCAGUCUCCUACCCCAAGUUUACAGACAGAAUCCAGCCAAGCUUCCCUUCCAUCUAGGAAAAUAUCACUGAGCAAAACUAUGAAAUAUCCUUCUUUCUCAGGUACAAGUAUAUAUCCUGUGGAAAGCUCACAGGGAGAACCUAUACAAGGUGCAGAUAUCUAUGAAUUGAAAUUAACAGGAGAAUCUAUGGAUAUUUUCAUUAUUUCUGGGACAAGUUCAACAAGGGAAUCCUUACAAGUCCCUCUUCCUUCCAUUUCACCUUCUACAAAAGAACCUGAAGAGGAAGCUCUUCAGUUAUCUAGCUCAAGGUCUGCAGAAGAAUAUGCAGAGACUGAGAUGGUCCAGUCUCCUACCCCAAGAGAAUCAUUUGAAGUUCCCUUUCUUUCCACGUCACCAUCUUCACAAGGAGCUCCAGAAGGUCUUGAGUCAUCUGACUUGCUAUCUCCAGAACAAUUUGCAGAGCAUGAUGUCCAAUCUCCUACUCCAAGUUCACAAACAGAAUCCAAACAAGGAAUCUCUCCUUCUAGAAAAAUAUCACUGAACGAAGCUAUACAAUAUCCCUCUUUCUCAGGCACAAGGGUUUAUUCUGUUGAAAGCUUAUGGAAAGAUUCCAUACAAGGUUCAGAUAUCUCUGUAUCAAAAACCUCAAGUGUUUUAUCUGCAACCAACUCAUGGAGAGAGUCAAUAAAUGGUCUGGAUUUCUGUGAAUCAAGUUUAUUGCAAGAAUCCUUGGAAUAUUCUGUUAUCUCUGGGCCAAGUUCAACCAGAGAAUCCUUAGAAAUUCCUCUUCUUUCCCCUUCAACUUCUUCAAAAGAAGCUACAGAAGGUCUUCAAUCACUUGGCUUCAAUUCUCUUGUACAAAUAACAGAGAAUGACAGUGUUCAGUAUGAAAAAGAGUCCAUACAUGGUCCAGCUUUUUCUGAGUUGACUUCAUUGAGAGAAUCAAGAAAAUCUUUGGAAUUUUCCAUUUUUUCUAGGCCAAGUUCAAUACAAGAGCUUUUAGAAGUCCCUCUCAUUUCCACUUCAAUUUCUUCAAAAGAAUCUCAAGAAGGACUACCAUCAUUGGGUUUAAGGACAACAGAAGAAUUAGGAGAGAAUGAGAGAUUUACAGAGAAUGAGAAUAUUCGGUCUAAUAGUCCACAUCCAGUCAGGGAAUCCAAACCAGGCUCUCCUCCACCCAGCCUUAUGUCACUGAAUAAGGGCAUACAAAUUCCUUCCUUCUCAGGCCAAAGGGCUUUGUCUGUGCCAACUUCAAGGAGAGAGUCCAUACAAGGUCUGGAUUUCUCUGAAACAAAUUCACUGCAAGAAUCUUUUGGCCUUCCUAUUAUCUCUAGGCCAAGAUCACCAUUACAAUCCUUAGACAUUCCUCUUCUUUUCACAUUACCUUCUUCCAAAGGAACCAUAGAAGGUCUUCAAUCAUCUGGCUUACAGUCUCCAGCAGAAUUUAUAAGAGAUGGUAAGAAUGAGAAUAUUCGGUCUAAUAGUCCACAUCCAGUCAGGGAAUCCAAACCAGGCUCUCCUCCACCCAGCCUUAUGUCACUGAAUAAGGGCAUACAAAUUCCUUCCUUCUCAGGCCAAAGGGCUUUGUCUGUGCCAACUUCAAGGAGAGAGUCCAUACAAGGUCUGGAUUUCUCUGAAACAAAUUCACUGCAAGAAUCUUUUGGCCUUCCUAUUAUCUCUAGGCCAAGAUCACCAUUACAAUCCUUAGACAUUCCUCUUCUUUUCACAUUACCUUCUUCCAAAGGAACCAUAGAAGGUCUUCAAUCAUCUGGCUUACAGUCUCCAGCAGAAUUUAUAAGAGAUGGUAGUUCUCGGUCAGCCAGCCCCAGUUCCCCGUGGGAAUCAGCACGGCCUUCCCCUGCUACCAGUCCUAGAUUAUUAAGUAAGACUUUUGCAUAUAGCUGUUUCUCUGGAGAAAGCAUAUCCCAACAUUCCAUGGAAGUUCCUGAUUUUUCUGUGCCAACUUCACAUAAAGAAUCAACACAGGCUUCUGCUUUAUCUGGUCCAAAUUCACUACGGGGAUCUUUUGAAUUUCCUGCUAUCUCUGAGUCAAGGUCAACAAGAGAAUCCUUAGUAGUUCCUUCUCUCUACAUCUCCAGUUCUUCAAGAGUAUCUACACAUGUACCUACUUCUUCUGGCCUAAAGUCACCAACAGAAAAUGGAGAGAGAGAGCGUGCUCAUUCUCCCAGUCCAAGCUCACCAAGGGGAAGUGCACAACCUUCUCCUAUUGCCAGCCCUAGACUGCUGAAAAAGCCCAUGCCAUCUCUUUACUCAGGAGCAGAUCCUCUAAAACAAUCAGUAGAUGGUCCCUCUUAUUCUGUAUCAAGUUCACGGAGAGAAUCAGUACAAAGUCAUGCUUUCGCUUCCACAAAUUCUCUGAAAGAGUCCUUUGAAUUUCCCGUUAUAUCCAGGCCAAGUUCAACAAGAGAAUCUUUAGAAGUUCCACCCUUUUCCAUUUCAAGUCCAUUGAGAGGAUCUACAGACUUUCUUCCUUCCUUUGGCGUAAGGUCCCCGGUAGAAUAUUCAGACAUCGAGAUUAUUCAUGCUCCCAGACAAAGUUCACCAAGAGGUUCUGGACAACUGUCUCCUGCCACCAGCCCUAGAUUACUGGAAAAAUCUCUUUUCCCAGAACCACUCGUACCAAAACAAUCCAUAGAAGUUCCUCCUUCUUUUACCUCAAAUUCACAGACAGAAUCCUCUGAAUUUCCAAUUUUUUCUGGAUCAAGUUCAAGAAGAGAAUCUGUAGAUGUUCCCCCUCUUUUCAUUUCAAGUUUAUCAAAAGGAGUAACAGAAGUUCUUCCUUCCUGUGACCUAAGGCCAUCACCAAAAUUCAAAGAUAACGAAAUUGUCUGUUACAACAGCCCGAGUUCACCAAAAGAAUCUGCACAACCUUCUUCUGCUGCCAGUUUUGGAUUAUCAAGUAAAUCUUUAUUAUUUCCUCCUUUCUUAGUACCAGGUGUAUCAAAACAGUCCAUUGAAGAUCUUGCUGCUUCUCCUACAGGUUCAGAAAGGGAACCCAUACAAGGCCCUGUUUUAUCCUCCCCAAAUUCACUGAAAGAAUCCACAGAUGUCCUCUCUGUUCCCAUUUUUAGUUUGUCGGGAGGGGCUGCCCAAGUUCUUCCUUCUUCUGCUGUGAAGGUGUCAGUACAAUUGGAAGAGACUGAAAGUCUCUGUUCUUUUUCCUCAAGUUUCCCAAGAGAAUCUGCACACUCUUCCCCUCCUAUCAGUCCUAGAUUAUCAAGGAAAUCAUCACCUCUUCCCCCCUUUUCAGGAACAGCUGCACCAAAGCAAUCCAUGGAAGGGUCUCCUUCCAUCUCAAGUUCUAGGCGGGAAUCUACACAAGGACCUACUGUUUUUGUCCCAAACUCCCUGAGUAAGUCCUUUGAUUUUCUAAUUUUCUCUGGACCAAGAACAGUGAGAGAAUCACUGGACAUUCCCCCUCUUUCCACUUCAGUUUCCUUGAAAGGUUCUGCAGACAUUCUUUCUUCUUCUUCUGGCCCAAGGGCACCAAUAGAAUAUUCAGAGAGGGAGACUUCCCAUUCCCCAAAGUCAAGUUCACCAAGGGAGCCUACACAAGUUUCCCCUACAACCAGCCCAAAUUUAGUGAGAAGACUUCCUUCUUUAUCCCCUCAAGUUUCUCUUACCUCUAAUCUCAGAUUAAGUAAAACCUUGCAUUCUCCUUCUUUCUCUGGACCAAGUGUUUCAAAACAAUCCGCAGAAGUACCUGCUUCUAUUUCAAGUUCAAGAAGAGAAUUAAUACAAGGUUCUGCUUACUCUAUUCCAAAUUCACUGAAAGAAUCCUUUGAAUUUCCCAUUUUUGCUGGACUAAGUUCAAUAAGAGAAUCUGUAGAAGUUCCUCCUCUUUCUACUUCAAGUUCAUUGAGAGGACCUACAGAUGUUAUUCCUUCCACUGUCAUGAGGCUUCCAAUAGAAUAUUCUGAGUGUGAAUGUGCCUUUUCUGCUAGCCCAAGUUCACCAAGAGAAUCCAAACAAGCUUCCCCUGCCUCCAGCCACACAUUAUUGAAUAAAACUUUUCCAUUUCAUUCUUUCUCAGGAUCAAGUAUGUCAAAGCAACCCAUGAAAAUACCUGCUUCUUCCAUGCCAAGUUCACAGAAAGAAUCAAUACAAGUUCCUGAUUUCUCUGUUCCAACUUCACUGAGAGAAUCCUUUAAUUUUCCUAUUUUCUCUGGUCCAAGUUCAAUAAUAGAAUCCUUAGAAGUUUCCCCUCUUUCCACUUCAAUGUCCUCGAAAGGUUUAAGGUCAGAAACAGAACAUAAAGACAAUGAAAGUGUUCAUCCUACCAGUCCAAGUUCACCAAAAGAAUCCAAAAAACCUUCUCCUCCUUCAAGUCCAAAUUUAAUUAGUAAAUACACACAAGUUUUUCCUUUUUCAGAGUCAACUGUGGCAAAAGAAUCUAUAGAAUUUCCUGAUUUCUCUGUUUCAAGUUCACGGAGAGAAUCCAUACAAGGUCCAGCUUUCUUUGACUCAAACUCCAUGACAGAAUCCUUUGAUUUUCCCAUUUUCUCUGGGGCACCGUCAGUAAGACAGUCUUUAGAGGUUCCCUUUUUUUCUCCUUCAAGUUCUUUGAGAGGAUCUACAGAAGUGCUUCCUUCAUCUGGCUUGAGGUCCCCAAUAGAAUAUGCAGAGGGUGAGAGAGCCCAUUCUCCAAGUUCAUUGAGAGAAUCUAGACAACCUUCCCACAUUUCAAGCCCAAAUUUAGAAAACAGAUCUAUGCAUUUUUCUUCCUCCUCAAGUCCAAGUGUAUCAAAACAAUCAAUGGAAGUUCAUGUUUCUUUGAUGUUAAAUUCACAGAGAGAAUCCAUACAAGACACAGCUUCAUCGGCCCCAAAUUCACUGAGAAAAUCCUUUGAAUUUUCCAUUUUCUCAGGGCCAAGUUCAACCAGAGAAUGUUUAGAAGUUCCUUCCCCCUAUUCUAGAUCAAAUUCAACAAAAGAAUCUUUACCAGUUAUUCCAGUUUCUGGCUUGACAUCAGUGAAAGAACCUGAAGAGAACAAAAUUUCUGCUGCAGUCAGCCAGCAUUCAGUGAGUGAUUUCAUGGAAGCUCAAGCAUUCAUGGGCCUAAGUUUCAGGAGAGAAUUCACACAAAUUCAACCUCCCUUGAUUGCCAGUCAUCCACAAGAAAUUCCUGAAGGUCCCCAUCUCCCCAGUAUAAGUUCACCGAGAAAAUUCAUUCAAGUUCCUACUUCUCCUAGUCAAAGGAUACAGAAAGAGUACAUGAGUCUCUCUCCACCCAGUAUCUCCCAGAGAGAAUCCAUUCAAAUGUCUGCUGCUUCGAGCAGCAGCUCCCAAAAAGAAUGCAUUCAUUUUACUGAUUCUCCCAGCCCAAGUUCACAAACAGAGUUUAUUGACAUCCCUCCCUCCAGCAUCGGCUCCCAGAGAGAAUCCAUCCAAAUACCUGUUUCUUACAGUAAAAGUUCACAGAAAGAGUCCAAGGACCAUCCUUUCUCCACCAUCAGCUCCCAGAGGGAAUCCAUUCAAGUUACUGAUUCUCCCAGACCAAUUUCACAGACAGCAUCCCUGGAUCUCCCUCCCUCCAGCAGCAGCUCCCAGGGAGAAUCCAUUCAAGAUACUGAUUCUCCCAGCCCAACUUCACAGAGACAGUCCACGGGUUCCACCCCCUCAAACAACAGCUCCCAGAAAGAAUCCAUUCAUUUUGAUGAUUUGUCUAGCCCAAUUUCACAAGCAAAGCUCAUAGAAGUUCUCCCAUCCUGCAGCCCAGUUUCCCAGAAAGAAUCCCUGGAAGUUUCUACCUCCUUGGGUCUUGGUCCAACAGAGGAAUUCAUGCAAAGUCCCCUUUCCUCUGCCCGAAGUUCACCCAAAGAUUUCAUAGAUAUCAUUCCUUUAUCUGGUCCAGAUUCCUCAGAAGAACUUGUGGGCACUCCGCUGUCCCUCGGCCAGAGUUACCUGCAAAAUGUCAUUGAUCGAGAACCCAUGCAAGUGCCCUUUUCUCCUUGUCCAAGUUCAGUGGAUAAAUCUAUACAACCAUCUUCAGCCUCACAAAAAGAAAAACCCAUCAAACCUUCAAAGCCUUCCAAAGAGGAAAGAGAACCCAUGCAGAUCCCAUAA